AUGGCCGUCUCUGAACUUCCUCGGUUUAUCCUCGUUCUUAGCAGCGGUAGCAGUCCAUCGUCCUCCUCCAAGGCCCUCACCAAACCAGGGGAUGUCCUCACGAUGGGCCGAAUGCCCGACUGCGACAUAGUUUUCAAGAGCAAUGCCAUCAGUGGCAACCACUAUUCUCUUGCCUACCUCCAGGAUGGACAGGUCAGAUUGACCGAUACCAGCUUUAAUGGCACUUACGUAAACGGCGAAUUGGUGGGUAAGGGAAAGACGGCGUCCAUCCGUGCUGGUGAUCGGAUCGGUCUUGGCCGGCCUAUGGCCAAUUCUAAGGUCUCUCGUCAAAGCAAAAACGGCAGCGCCACUCGUGUACCAUCCGUGAGCUUCCUGGUGGAAUAUACUGCGAAGUUUGUCGACCCUCCCGGAGUCACCAAUGUCCCUUCACCGUCGAGGCUGAGGGCUGCAAGUGCCCCUAUACUCGAUCGCGAUGAGAAGGACAUGCCGACGAAGUCCAUACGGCCAAUGAGUGCUGCGGUCCCUGGACAGGAAGGCAGCGUACUAGCAACUCCGGCUGACUUGAGCGUGAGGGCUGAUAGUAUGAUGAAGACUCCUAAACAGGGCCCCACAGUACGCCAGAUGAAGGUCGAUCGAAUACGGCAGCCUAUCAAUGUCAAGGCUGGGACCGAGAGGCGGGAGGUCUCUUUCGACUUGCCUAAGACCACCGGGGUAGCGCUGGACCAGGGCUCACAGCAGUCCUCACAGAGGGGAGAUGAGAACCCUGAGUCCGUGCUGAAUGGUGGUACCAUGGGCAGACCACGACCACAAGUCCGGACAGUGGGACCUCAUGUAGUGUGCGGCUCAUCUCUGGUCCUCGCCGGUGCAUGUUGGCUCUGCCCGAAGAGGAAGGAGCGAGAGGAGUCCCUAGUGGGUGAGACCAAGGCCUUGAGGGCUAGACUGGCCAGUAGAGAGGGGGAGUUGGCUACGCUGGAGGAGAGGCUACAAGAGACCGAGUUGACCAUGACUCUCAAGAAACGCAAGUUAACGUCUACCGAACAGAAACUUAAAGAUGUACGCACUUGUGGACGGCUAAGGCCAACCUUGGGUUCGGCCCAGGCCCAGACGGAGGUCACGUCGACCAGGGAGUCUCUCUCGAACCUCCAGGAGGCCCACGCUGAGCUUAAGGCGAGAUGCGAGGGCCUGGUGAAUGCCACGAAGAAGUCCAAGGCAGAGAGGGAGGUUCUGGUGGAGAAGUUGAACGCUGUGGAAGCGAGGGCGAACUCGACCGAGAGUGAGCUUCUCUACUGCCAGGAACAAGUCCAUGGGCUACAGCAGAGCCUUGAGCAGGAAUGCGAGCAGUCGAGGAGUCUUUCGACGGACCUGGAGAAUUGUCGUGGUCGCUGCACGGCAUUGCAAGGGGACCUGGAGGAGACGUUGGGGAAGCUGCAGACGGGUCCGGUAGAGCUCAGCCACACUGCUACGACUGUGAGGUCGAUGACCCAGGAGGUGGUAUCGGAGUUGGCACAGUCCCUCCCCAACGCUGCAAUGACUUCCUCGUUGGCAAUGGUAAGGCCCUCUUGGGCAGCUCCUACUAUGAACACCACGCCUUUCAGUCUGGCCUCCUUGGGCUCAGCAGUGUCGGCUAUGAGACGUGAAGGCAGUGUGGGCCAUGAGGUACAGGCUCAAUCAAUCUUUAACAAAAGUAACAACCUCCAGGUCUCUGAAGAUAAGGGCGGUCGAGGAAGGUCCGAGAUUGUCGAAGGCACGCAGAUGAUGAGGGCGACCGGAGAGGACGUUGGAGAAGGGGACUCACGAGCGGAGCUUCUGCCAGCAACGGUUGGAAUGCUCCAGCCCACUGUGGACUCGACUGAGCAGGAAGUGGCCAUAGACGCUGAUGACGAGUUCGAAGACUUUACUGAGGAUAUUCCGUCACUGCGCCACGAAAAUAGUGAGGCUCUCCUGAUGAGACCAGACUCGUCCGUGUCACCACCAGGCGUUCGAGGAGGGACUUUUGACGACUUCGACUUGGAUGCCUCGCCUGGAGGGAAGAGACAGCGGCAGGAGGAGGCCUUUGCUGAUGACUUCGCUGACUUCGAGAUAUCCCAGCGUGGGACUGGUAUAGCCGCGGGGGGUAGCAGUAGCAAUGACAGCCUCCUGGCGGAAUUGGACCUCGACGCCUUCUCCCCCUUGCCGCCUCCGAGGACGACCACCACCAAUGGGCCACCAGCUGAUGCCUCACGAGGGGUCAUCGAUGAUUUGGCCGACUUUGACGAUUUCUGA